AUCCAGGAAGAAAACCAAGAAAGUAGUUUCCAAACCGGCCGAGGUGCAGGGGAAGUACGUGAGGAAGGAGACCUCCCCGCUGCUGCGCAUGUGGCCUGCACCUCCAGUAAAAUCAUCUGAUCAGCUGGCUGAAUUUAUGGAAUGGAUGAAGAAAUCUUUUGUGACCAAGGAUGAAUUUAUACAGGGAUCUAAGCGUUCUUGGUCACAAUCCAGUCUGGAUUAUGAUUAUGAAGCAUCUCCAGAUUUGUUGUCGCAAGAUGAUUAUGAUAGGGACUCCAGCGCAGAAUCUGGAGAGGUCCAGGAGGAUGACAGAUCAUUUAAUUCUGAGUUGGUGGACGUCAUGUUGAAAAAUAUUUACAAGACAAUGAAGAAUAAGGAAGCUGUUCAGGAGAGCGAGCAAGAUCCCUUUUUUGAGGACAGGUCAAAGAAAGCUAGGUCCUUUUCCUGUGCAUAAGGUGGUGAAGGACAUUAUUCGUAAGGAAUGGCAGCAGCUGGAUAAAAGGGUGGGCAGCUUUAAGAGGAUUAACCGUAUGUAUCCGAUUAUCAAUGAGGAUUUUCUUACUUGGUGUAAUAUUCCUAAAGUAGACGCACCGGUGGCGGAGGUAACUACUAGAACUACAAUACCUCUUGAGGAUGGUGCUGUAUUGAAGGAUUCAAUGGAUAAGAAAAUGGAGACUGCCUUAAAGAAGUUGCAUAUUUCUACAUCCAUUUCCUUGAAGUCUGGUGUGGCUAUAGCCUCUGUGUCCAGGGCCUUGAGACUGUGGUGCUCUACUAUGCAAACAGAUGUGCAAAACAAGAUUUAUAGAGAUUAUCUUUUAAAGAAUUUAAAUAUCAUACAAAGAGCAGUGGAUUACCUCUGAAACUUCGCUUGAUGUUUUGGAGUUCUCAACUAAGUCUAUGACCUCAGGUGUUAUGGCCAGAAGGGCUCUGUGGUUUCGGUCAUGGGCAGCAGAUACCCUUUCCAAGAACAGAUUAGUUACGCUCCCUUAUGAGGGGUCACUGCUGUUUGGAAACAAGUUACAGUCUAUGAUCCAGAGGCUGUCGGGUGGUAAAUGAGUGAGAUUACCACAGGAUAAGCGUGGCAGAUAUGCAGCUUCGUCUUCAAGACGGCAAUUGAGACAAGCCAGGUCAAAUAUGUGAGAAAAGAAGGAAAAUUUCAAACAUAGCAUAAUACUGUAUCAACUGUUGGAUUUGUAUAGCAAUUCGAUACAGUGUGGGUACUUUCGAGUGUAUCCACAGCAUACGUUUACUAAAAUGGAGGCUUUACUGGACUGAUAUAUAAUGAUAUAAUGCAGACCGGUAUCCAAUUAGCUGUAGUAAUUUAAUGGGGAGAAAGUUAACGGGGCUGAUUUGAUACCGGCCUGAGUCUCCGUGAAACGCUACGCUUAUGCAUAUGCGGCACUAGCAAGAUCUUUGGACUGCUUUUUCCUACGGUUUCCUUUUUAUCUUUUUUAACUCCUUUUAAAAAAAUAAAAAUCUUUCAAUAAAAAAUAUUGAUAACAACAACGCAAAACAAGAAUACCCGAGGCCUUUGCAUGUUUGGCAGAUGUUGUGCUAUGCACACAACUUUUAUAGAAAGGAAGCUUUCCAUUACGUAGUGUACACAAAGCAGGUACCAUUUAAUUAAAACAAACAGAGCUUAAUUACAUUGUUGGCAAUGACACUUGUCGAUGAAAACUAUUUUAGCAGAAUGGAAACGGUCUCUCGUUGUUUUCUUGUAUUUUUGCGCUCUGUUUGCAAAGCCUGCACUUUACUUUUCUGCAGAAUAAGCACAUCUGCAAACAUUUAUUUCCCUGCCUUGACUGCAACCUUGGUAUUGACAUCCGUGUCAUAAAUCCUCUUCUAUUUACAUCAUCCCAUCACACAGAAACUGGGCUGAUAUCAGAGACUGUAUCAGAGAAGCCGAACAGUCCGUUAAACAAGCUGCAGAGUCUUCCUAGCACAUAAGGGUACAAUGCUAUUAUCUCCCUGGGUCCGAGUCCCCGUAUCAUCUGCAAAUCCUCUCUGGGAGGACCAGGUAUUAAUUUAGCCACUGCUCUGCUUGUGUGUAUAUUCAAACGGAAAUAAAAAAUGACUGCUAUUGCACAAGCUUGUGUGUAAGCUGGAUGUUCAGUGCUUACAUGUAUUACAUAAAAGGACCGUUCUGGUGAACCAAUGCUUCGCACAAAAGAUCUGAUGCCUUCUUUCAUCCGCCAUGGGCCCACCAUUCCACGAAGGACUGAUAUCUGCCCAGCAGAGCCUGCUCCUUCUCCGUACAGCCCUGCAGGGGACGGGGUGGCUCCACGAAACCACAGUUUUAUGCGGACUCCAGUCCAGAGACCUCCCAUGGAGAUUUUACGCAGGGAGAGUAACAGACUUUCUGCCCCCUCCUACUUAGUUCGAGGACUGGGUGACGUGCCCAGGGAAUAUGGUGGUUCUUCUCAGUCAUUUUUAACAGAAGGAAAUUCUGUUCUGGAGAAUGGGGAUACAAACCCAAGGUAUUUCUGCUCAGACCAGCACUACGAUGGACAAAGGCGAAAGCAACUCGGGGACCGUGCGCAUGAGGAGUAUAGGUUUUAUGAACAUGGGGGUGACCACGUACAGAGGAUUCUGCAUGGACAAGGCCGACAUCCUACAGGAAUAGGAAGGGUCGCAGCUACCUCAUUAGGGAACUUGACGAAUCAUAGCUCGGAAGAUAUGCCCCUUCCUGGCGGCUGGUCGGUGGACUGGACGAUAAGGGGGCGGAAGUACUACAUCGAUCACAACACCAACACUACGCAUUGGAGCCAUCCCCUGGAGAGGGAAGGACUACCCCCUGGCUGGGAACGUGUGGAGUCUGCAGAGUUUGGCGUCUAUUAUGUGGAUCACAUUAAUAAAAGAGCGCAGUACAGGCAUCCGUGUGCUCCAAGUGUUCCGCGUUAUGACCAGCCCCCUCCACUCCCACCUCCAGUAACUUAUCAGCCCAGGCAAGUGGAUAGAAGCCAACAGCUCCUGGUGCCUGCCAAUCCAUACCAUACAGCCGAGAUCCCAGACUGGCUUCAGGUGUAUGCCAGGGCCCCUGUAAAAUAUGACCACAUCUUGAAGUGGGAGCUCUUCCAGCUGGCUGAUUUGGACACGUACCAGGGCAUGCUUAAGCUACUUUUUAUGAAAGAACUGGAGAGGAUAGUAAAACUGUAUGAAGCCUACAGGCAGGCACUUAUCACUGAGGUGGAGAUGCGCAAACAGAGACAGCAGUGGUAUGCCCAGCAUAACAAGAACUUCUGAACAAUCCUUUCCUCAGGACUGGAAGAUACCCCUCUCAGUGCCUUAACUGCUAAUGCAGGCAACAGCUGUUCUAUAAUAAACCCUAGAUAUUCUCUAUAAAGGGAAUUUCACACAAAAUGACGCUUUGACUUGGCCAUUAAACACCUGAAGUAGUGAGUGACCAUUCAGCGUUCCUUCAGUUGGACCUCUCAUUGUACCAUGGAAGAACCACUACAGAUAACAUAUUUGUGUCUCUGGUCUCUGUUGGGGUGGCUUACACCGUGCUCUUAGUUCAGGAGCUUUAACUGUAGGAUUCAAACGUUAUUUCUCUUACGUCCUAGAGGAUGCUGGGGUGCAAUUUAGUACCAUGGGGUAUAGACUGGUCCACUAGGAGCCAUGGGCACGUUAAGAGUUUAAUAGUGUGGGCUGGCUCCUUCCUCUAUGCCCCUCCUACCAGACUCGGUAUAGGGGUGGGAGUAGGAACCAACUCUUGAAGUUAAUGGUUUUCUAUCUCCGCUGACAGGACACUGAGCUCCUAAAGGGGGUGCUGAUUGCAAGCCCACGAGGCAACCGCAGCACAGCCGCCACAGAGCCAGAAGAAAGAAGAGUGGUGAGUACAGCGCCGGCGACCCGGGCCGCCGGCGGGAAUGGCGGCACAAGGGUGGGAGCGCAGCUCUGACCGGCUGCGCUCCAAUGCAGGCUCAGCAACACAUGGUGCGAGCGCUCGAGGGGCGUCCUGAGCCAGCGCGGAUACCCUACACUGGUCUGUCAGCUAACGGGCUAAUCCAGCUGUUAGUCAGGCCAGUAUAAUACAAUUUGUGCGGGAAGCCGCGCGCCAUUACAGGGGGCGGGGCUUCUCAGAGCAGAUCCAGUGCCAUUUUCUCCCUGCAGAUCUGAUGAACAGAACGCUGACAGGAAGCGCUGCCCUCCACAUAACUCAAACUAUCCUCUGCAGUACCAGGGUGUUAUAGACCGGGGGGCGGGAGUGGGAGUAUGUUGGUAGUGCUAAUUGAUCUAUUAAGGUUGGUUAGUCAGCGCUGGGCUUUUAUCAUAAUAACUGCCCACAGGGGCGCUGUGUGGCCGGCUCCUUGUACUCUGUGACUC